CCUAAGGAAAUGUGUGGGAUCACGCUCGGUGUUUCCAAAGAGCCUGAGCUUUAUUGACAAACUGUUUAUCGCUGAGUGGCGUUGAUUUGUGGACUAUACUGACCUUCCGAUACAAACACGGGUGUGGUAACAGAAAAGUAAUCGGGGGGGAAAGAGGGGAAGCGACCGUCGUUAGGUCAACAUGUCGAUUCAGUACGAGGUGGAACAGCUGGCUGACAGCUACGGGGUUGCAGACUCGUUCCCCAAAGAUUUCGGUUAUGGUGAAGAGGAGGCCGACAUCGAGGACAGCCCCGCGCCGUCCGAUAGCAAACCGAGAAUCCUGCUUAUGGGUUUGAGAAGAAGUGGAAAAUCAUCGAUACAAAAGGUGGUGUUCCACAAAAUGUCCCCCAAUGAGACCUUGUUCCUGGAAAGCACAAACAAGAUCUACAAGGACGACAUCUCCAGCAGCUCCUUCGUCAACUUCCAGAUUUGGGACUUCCCAGGUCAGGUGGAUUUCUUCGAUCCCACCUUCGACUAUGAGAUGAUCUUCAGAGGAACUGGGGCUUUGAUAUUCGUCAUCGACGCUCAGGACGAUUAUGUGGAGGCCCUGGGCAGGCUUCACCUUACUGUGUCACGAGCCUACAGAGUCAAUCCUGAGAUCAACUUUGAGGUGUUCAUACACAAAGUGGACGGCCUCUCGGACGAUCACAAGAUCGAGACCCAGAGAGACAUCCAUCAGAGAGCCAAUGACGACCUGGCAGACGCUAGCUUAGAAAAGCUGCAUUUAAGCUUUUACUUGACGAGUAUUUAUGACCACUCCAUCUUCGAGGCCUUCAGCAAAGUUGUGCAGAAGCUCAUCCCUCAGUUGCCCACGCUGGAAAACCUCCUAAACAUCUUCAUUUCUAAUUCAGGGAUCGAGAAGGCCUUCUUGUUUGACGUGGUCAGUAAGAUCUACAUCGCCACAGACAGCUCGCCUGUGGACAUGCAGUCCUAUGAGCUGUGCUGUGAUAUGAUCGAUGUGGUCAUUGAUGUCUCCUGCAUCUAUGGUCUGAGGGAGGAUGGCAGUGGCAGCGCCUACGACAAGGAGUCCAUGGCCAUCAUCAAGCUCAACAACACCACUGUGCUGUACCUGAAAGAGGUCACAAAGUUCUUGGCCCUUGUCUGCAUCCUGCGAGAAGAGAGCUUCGAGCGCAAAGGAUUAAUAGACUACAACUUCCACUGUUUCCGGAAGGCCAUCCAUGAAGUAUUCGAGGUGGGUGUUUCCACCCAGCGUCCAGGGGCCUCCCAGGCGGUGGGUUCGCCUUGCAACAAGGCGGUUGCACUGAACGGCACGCCGCGCAACACUGUCUAGACACUGAUGCACAUAAAAAAAUAAAAGACUCAAAGAGAGAAGAAGAAGGAAAAUAAUAAAGAGAAGGGCCCGGGAGCCUGUAGAAGAGAGACUACUAAACUGGAGCUCACAGGCGCCAACCACAACCCCCUGCUCCCAGCAUCCAAAGGACUGACAGACGGCACUGGAGCACAGCGGGGAUGGAAGGGAAACUCAAGCAUUCAUUUCAGGAAAAUGCAAAGCACUGUGCUGGCUGCUGUGAGGAAGUCUAAAGAGUCUAACUGCAUCUGGACUGGGGAAGGUUCAGGAUGUGUCUUUGGAUUUCUUGAAGUGGUCAAAGGCUGUGAUGAUUAGCUGCUCGUCCCUCUCAAUGAACAAUGUGACGAGGAAAAAUAAACACGCACUUGUGUCAGGACCUCUCGCUUUGGACAAACUGUGAUGUCAGUCUUCAGGAAUCUGUCUCGUGAUGAACCCACCCUGACCACUUCUGUGUUGAUUUAGUGAUGGCGGACGUGAACUGCUGGUCCUAACCCACACAUGUUCAGAGAUGGCCUUAUGUAGAUGAAGCUUGUCUGCAGAGCAAGCUUUCUCUCACCACCACUCACCUCACCCUACCUGAAUGCUGCCCGAAACUUGCUUUUUGGUUUCACUUGUGAAGGGAAAACGGACUGAAAAGGGAUAGUGCUGUCCAUCUUACUUGGUCCUGUUUGUGUGUGUGCAAGCGUAAAUGGAUGUAUGAGUGAGCGAGCGUGUGUCAGAGGUUUUGAUGAGAUCCCAGACUGGGCUCUGUCUCUAUACUGGUGAUGGACCUUUAUAGAAAGAGGCUCUAUUAACAGCAGCUAAGCAUAAUUAAACUCUUCUCAAUCAGUGGAAUUAACUUUUCUGUGUGUGCUCACUGGAAAUCAAAACCAUGAUUGACUUUUCUGUAGGUAAGUUUGGCUGGAAAUUUGGCUAUAUUACUUGCAAAAGCACUGCCAAAAAACACCUGAAUGAUUCUGAAACAAGUAAAUAAUGCGAGUAAAUCCUCUGUGUUGCAGAAAAAGAUGUGUCAGGACUGGUUGAGUUGCAGGACUGACAGAGGGUUAGAUGAUAAUGACAUGAUCGGGGUAAAACUUGCAUGUUUUUCCACAUACAAUUUCAGUCCUGCCCAAAUCAUUAAUAACCAAUAUUUUGCACUUUGUUUGGCUCUGUUCAGCAGGAUUCACAAAAUCAAAAUGUACCCAUUCCAAGCAUGCAUACAUCAAUGUGUUGUCAACUUGUACUUUUCUCAAUCAUAACACCACUCAGUGUAUUCAAAGUUUAAAAUGAAUCUAACCAAGAAAAUUAAACUGAUCAAGAAGGAGACACUUGAGCUGUCCAUGCCUGCUUUUUCUGUUCAAAUCAGCAAUGAAAAAUGAGAAUCUUGCUGUGUCCAAGAACCUGAAUCAUAAAGCACCAGCGUGUUAUCUUCUUCAUUUUGCUGAGUAAAAUGUUGAUGCGAUUUAAAGGUGUUUUAACUCUGCAAAGUUAUCCAGGUAACUCUGAACUUCAUGAAUCAGGCCCCAAAUUUUCUCAGUCCAGUCAUUAUCAGUCACCUGGAAAUAAACACCCGCACAUCAAAACUGUGAUGGAUGAUUGAUUUGUGUAUUGUGGUGCUUUCUCAUGUGAAAUAAAUGAACAUUUACAUUACA